AUGCACUCACAAAUACGCUGCCCUCGUUCAAAUUCCAUGGAGAGUAUUCUGAAAAGGGGUGAAACUCUGAUGGUGACACAUUGGAGGAAUGUAAGUAUUAAUUUUCUAUAUCCAAUGUUGUUAGUCUGUUUAGGAGAGUGUGAUGAGAUACGUUAUAAAGACCCAGUUCUAAAGGACCGGCAAUGGAGUGCUUAUAUCGACCAUUCUCCUGUUGUUGCCAGCUACUCGGAGGAAUGCUUCCAUGCUUGUGUAGCUGGCUAUGGUUACAAGUUUGAUCUUCCAUCAGAGAAAGUCAAUCAAGUUCAUUCAAAGAGACCAUCAAAGCACCCCACCGUAGAGAAACCACCAGCCCCACCAGCCGUUGAAUCCAGACCACCUCGUCAAUCUGGUCCUGCUGAUUGUCACCUAGCAUUUCUGCAUAGUUAG